AUGAGGACGGUGGUCAUAUUCUCUAUUUUCAUAAUUGUCUUCGCAGAUAAAGCAGAGGGUUCAUGCGAUCCGUUGCCGGACGAUUCGCAGGCUCGCAUCAUGUAUCACAUGAAAAAUAAGAUCGUGGUUCGACCAAAAGAGCAGCUUGAUGAUGGAGCUGUUGCUAAGCUUAGAUGUCAUCCUGGUGCAGAAGCGAGUGGACAGUCCACUGUCACUUGCGUGAGCGGAAAAUGGGAUGGUGCUCUAGGUAGCUGUGCAUAA